GAAAAAUUCAAACAUAAAACUGAAUACGACUAAGUAGACAUAGAAAUUUGUUUCAAAUAUAUGACAUUGGAAAAUUAUAUUCUAUUGGAAGUAGAAAGUCGGCUUGUUUUUGACCAAUUUGUAUUUUCUUCAAAAAUGUUUCCCACCUAUUCGAUCAAUGAUGUCGCCGCCAAUGAGGAAGUAGAUCAUACCCAGCAAGACUUAUCUUCAAAAGUCGAAGCCGAUAUGCAGUCGAUCAUUCGUUUGGCCUACCAGGAGAACGAGGCUCUGAUCCACCAAAAAGUUAUGAGCGCGAUGAAGCAACGCGAAGAGGAGUUGGCCAAGCUGUGGGAUAUUCGAUCAUCAUUAUCAAGCUUAGCGCAGAUCAGGGCUGCUCGUGAUGAGGAACUAAGAGCUCUAUUGGACCAAAUCGUUUCGAAUGCGGACAGUAGCGAUGAAGAUGAAGAAAAGGAAGAUCCCUUUUAAUGUCACCAUCAUCUGUUAAUUAAAUGCUUGAGUGGCCU